GUUGUCUCUGUGUGAAACAUGGCCAUGAUGUGUGGUGGAACAGGUUACGUUAGGAACGCAAAUAGAGAGGUGGAGAAAAUCUGUGAUGAGGUGAAGCCACAGGUGGAAGAAAAAGCUGGGAAAAACUUUGAUGUUUUUAAAGCCAUAUCAUUCAGCACUCAGACUGUUUCAGGAAUGAACUACUUCAUUAAGGUACAUGUGGGUGAGGACGAAUACGUACACCUGCGGGUGUUCAGGUCUCUCCCCUGUGAAGGAUAUAAACUCUCACUGGCAGAAAUCCAGACCUCAAAAGCGAGAGAGGACCCUGUUGAAUACUUCUGACUGGCACACACACACACACACACACACACACACACACACACACACACACACACACACACACACACACACAGAACUCCCUGAAGAGCUGUGUUUAAAAACUAAAUAAAAUGUAUAAACCCAAA